GUUUUUUUUUUUUUUUGUUUUUUUUUUUUUACACUAAUGAGAAAAAUCCUUAUCUAUGUGAUAUUAAGCCCAAGCUGCUUUCUCUCGUUCUUUCCUUUCAUUCGUUCCCUGUCCUGGCCCCAAGGUGUGUAAUCUUAGACUAUAGAGCAAAUAAGAACAAAGUCGACAGAAGAUUAGCAAAACAUCAACAACAAUGACAGUCAAACACUCCCUCCAGCGGCUGAGGUCCCCCUCGCGGGGCCUCUCACUGACGCUCCAUAUUCUUGGCCUGGCUUCAUUCUACCAGUCCUUCCGCUACCUCUACAUCUUCCCUACGCCAAUCAGCUCGGCGUACGGCGGUAGCGGCCAAUUUCUCACCAUAAUCGGCCUUGGCUUGUCGAUGAUAGCCUUUGGGUUGGGAUUUCUAGCCGACGUGACCCUGAGUCCGGCGUUGUUCAAGGCCAAGAACUUUGUCGCCGUUUGCGCGAACCCGCUCGAGGUCUUGAUCAGCAUCUUGUACUGGGGAAUUGCAAUUUAUGACAAGGAAUUGUUGAUGCCAUCCGAAUAUAGCUUGCCCUGGGCUGUUGACAUUGGCUACCAUGCCGCUCCAGCAAUCUUUUUGACCAUCGACCUACUGUUCUUCAGCCCUCCUUGGACCGUCAAAGCCAAUGGAGCUGUCGGUCUCAGCAUGGUCCUGGCGUUCUUGUACUGGGGCUGGAUAGAGCACUGCGCCGGUCACAAUGGAUGGUACCCAUAUCCAAUUCUGGGGAUUCUGAGCACUCCACAGAGGGCCGUUUUCUUUGCAUUCUGCGCCGCACUCGAGGCAAGCAGCACGAUGGCCCUGAAGUGGCUCUAUGGCAAGGUUAAUGGGAUCGAAAAGUUCAAGCGGGAGGCCAUCAAGCCUGCUAAGAUGUAACGGGGUUAACGCGGAUAUACAUCGGAGACAAUAACAAAGACAGUAACAAAUCCACACAACGAAAACAUUGCCGUAAACCACAUCAGUGUUUUAGCUCCGGCGGCUUGCUUAUGCCUGGAGCUUUUUUCUGGGUCCGGUUGUCUUGGUGUGGUAAAGAGCAGUGCAAGGCGACCCAUCAGGUCAUAAGACAUCAUAGACCAUAAGAAGAGCACUCCGAGAAUUAUGAUCCGAGAAAGGGCUCCUAGCCAUAAAUCAAGAAACCCCCAACCAACCAAAACUGAACCGAGCACAGUAGUCGUACUGCAUAAGAAAAGGAGAACUAUAUGGGCUUGUAGGUAGAAGAUGAUGAUAUGGCUCCGUGAGUCUGGUGCUCUCAAGUCGUCAUUGACCUUUUCAAAAGAAAGAAAGGGACAGUUUGACCCAACGACCCAUGUGGACUCGUCCUUCUCGAUGACCAUGUAUCCGAACUGUCUCGCCAAUACGACUAUCCCCCAGAAUGUGGUGACCUCGAGGAGUGUGACCUGAAACCUCAUGGGGUAGCUGAUUAGCAGGUGGAGGUGAAAAGGGGGGUUCGCGAAAAAAGAGUGGUUGAGGUUUACUCACAUGCCCGAAGAAGGAUUCCGAUAAUCUCAAAAGAGCUCUGAGGGUAGAUAAUAUGCUCAUAGGUAUGCAUAGGAGUGC